CUUUCUCGCAGCGAUGUCGCAGCAUUCAUCGUCCCCAGCCGCAGAGGGCCCUUCAUCUCCGUCUUCAUGCCUCUACCAGCAUCAGCACUCCCGCCGUCACAAGCCGCGAGGCAACUUCCUCUCCGAUGACCAAACGCGCCGCACCAACGCAGCACUCGCACGCCAGGAGCGGGACCGCGCCGACCUGCUCGCCCAGAUCCGACGCAUAGCGUCAGAGAGCAUCACGGAUGAGGCACCGGAGCAACACGCAUACGCCGAUGAGCAAACCGAGUGUGACGAUGAGGAGCAUGUGGAUGUGGUCUAUGAGGAGGGGAGGGGCGGCGAGGUCGGCAUGGAGGAAGACGACGAACAAGAAAAUGGCGAUGAGUCUCACGCCGACAUGGCUGUCGUCGAGGGAGAGGGAGGAGAGAAGAAGCAUCAAGGGCCAAGUCGGCGGGCGAGGAUGGCUGCCCGGCUGCAGGUGUUUCGGUUCUUCGCCGGGCAGCUGGUGCAUCCCGACUGGCUGGUCUCCCCUCCCCCCGACCUCGCACACAACUGGCUGGUGGCCGCGCGGCCCGAGGGCAACCGGAUGCUGGUCAUCUCGAAGCACGGCUGGGCGGUGGCCCGCAACAAGAACGGCCGGUUCCAGAUGAAGUUCCCCUGCCUGCUGCCGCCGCGUGGCGUGACGAUAGUGGACGUGGCCUUUGCUGAGGCGACGCGGACCAUGCAUCUGCUGGACGUGCUGUGCUGGAACGACUGCCUGCUGAUGGACUCCUCCACAGAGUGCAGACACUUCUUCCUCAAGUCGAGGUGGGUGGGGGGUGUGCGGUGCGGUGCGGGCAGGACAGGGCAGGGCGGGGCUCUGUGAGUGAUGGACACAACUAACGAACUGGUGUCUGUGUGUGUGUGUGUGUGUGUGUUAUAGGUAUGAAGAGAUGGAGUCUGAGCUUCGUGAGACGUCUGUCCAUCACAUGUGAGGGACGGGAGGGGAGUGCAGUCACACACCCACACCCACACCCACACCCACACCCACGCCCACGCAGAUUCGCCGACACAUAUCACCGUGUAUGUGGAUGCGUGUGUGUGUGUGGAUGUCAGGUAUCCCAUGGUGCUGGUGGACCUUCACGAGUGCACGCAGCAGCACCUCCUCAGACUCUACUACGAGUAAGCAACGCAACCAGCACGAAUGAGUAUGGCCAUUUAUAUGUAUGUUUUCCGUGCACUGCGCUGAUCGUGUGUUUGUCGGUCAGGGAUUUGGACUAUCCGAAGGACUCCCUGCUGUUUGUCCACAAAGAGGCCCACUACGACCCUGGUACGCCACGCUACACUCGCACAACGUGCUCUGCAUUCAUUCCACAUGGGGGUGGUGUGCUGCGUGCCUGUUGGUGCUGACAGGUCUGAAUCCCCUGUGGCUGCAGUGGCGUGACGCCCACCUGAGCAGGUUUGCCAUCGACACCACCGACCCCACGGGCAAGGACCACCCGCACAGAGAGGUCGGCACGCUGCAGCUCACCAAGAGGCACAACAAACUCAAGACCAUGGGUGAGAUGAGAAGCCGGCCGAUAUGGUCAUCACAUCACUGGAGGGCAACACAGGCCGGCAGAGAGACGAUUUGUUGGACCCUCAGAUGGGCGGAUUGUCGGUGCGAUUGACGACACCACCCGCAAGCAGCACCGCUUGAAGCCCGGCCAACUCGUCAAGUAAGCAACGGAGAGAGAGGACACACACACACACACACGUACGACCGAAUACACCUGUGCUGCCAGGUGCGAGAUGGACGGCAUCGACAUGGACACGAUGGAGGUCCAAAACCUGAUGCCCCUCGGUGAGCGACACACCACACCAAUACACACAAACCGACACAGCCAACCACACACGUGUGUGUGUGUGUGUGUGUGUGGUGUGUGCAGGUCGCGGCCCGAAGACCCGUCUCUACCCCGACUCGUUCAGCCGUCUGGUGGUGCAGGCCUUCAUGCGCAUGGACAGCCCCCCGAUGGACUUCAACAGGAUUCUCGACGCAAUCGCACAGAGCCAUGACCAUGAGGAUGGUGCUGGUGGUGGUCAUGCUGACAUGGAUGUGUGAGGGCCGUACGGGCGAUAGGGUGGGAUCCAUGGGACCGGGCAGAUGCAUUGCCUGCAUAGAAGUGGGUGGUGUUUAUUUGGUAUGCGGACGGACCGAUGGCUGGUGUGGUGUGUUGGGGAUGGAUUCAUGUGAACGAGUCGACAGAGGCCUUGAUGGUGAGACAUAUGAGCCGCGUUCAAGAGCGUCACAGCCAGCAAGGCGAGCGAGGAUGGCAGACCGGGGGCGCUUGGGGCGCGAUAGAGGGCUGG